UAAGGGAUGAUAUUAAAACAAAUAAAAAUAAAUAUUCCAAUUCAAUUGAUUAGCUUUGAAUUAUUUUUUGUUUUAUAAAGCUAAAAAAAUAACAUUUUGUCUAUUUUACAAUGCGCUAUGGCGUGGUUAUCAGAUCUGGCUGGUAAGGCUGAAAAUUUAUUAAAUAAAAUUGACCAAAACACUGCUGCUGUAUUGAGUAAAGAUAAAAAUGAUAUAGUUUUACAUGAUCACCUCACAGAUGUGACAUGGGAACAUAGUUCACCUAAUCAUUUAACUCAAAGCAAUGGACGUUCUUUAAGUAUAAACAAUUUACAAACUUUCAUUAAUAGAGAGGAUGAAUUAAAUUCUUGCUCUCACUCAGCAAUGAACUCCCCUUCAAAACAAUUAAUCAGUAAUUCAAUACUCAAUUCAUCAUCAACGCGAUCCUCUUUAUCAGUUGAACAUUCAAUUGAUAAUAAAGACGUUAUUUCGGAAUAUUCCGCUGCCAGCAGUAGAUCCUCACCAGAUUUUCGACAUACAUUAAUUGUUAACGUACCCGAUGAUGACUAUUUUCCUGAACCAGAAAAUAGUUUGCCGUAUACUAACUGUCAGCAGGGUCAAAUAACAAUGGAAGAGUUUAAAAAUGAAAUAAUAGCUGAGAAUAUUGUGAUACAAAAUAAAUUGGAAACUAUAAAACAAAUACAUGAUUUAAAGACUGUUUCAAAUUAUGAUAAUUGUAAAACUUAUAAAGUUAUUCCAAAUAAUGGUAGAGAACAAGAAAUGUUAUUACCAAAGUAUAAUGAUAAUCAAAAUAAAAUUGAAUUAUUGAAAGAAAAAUUACAAUCACAAGAAAUUGAAAUAACACAGUACACAAGAGAAAUUUCUGGUUUACAAAUAGUAUUAGAAAGAAAUCGAAUAGACUUACAGUCGACAAGGGAAGAAUUAGAGCGACAUAGAGCGAGGGCAUUGAAGACAUUGCAAGAAAAAGACAAAUUAAUCGCUGAACUAAAAAAUAGUAAUUUACCUGUUGUUGCUGAUAGUACGAAUAUGGAACUUGAUCAAUUAAAACAAGAGUGUAGUUUACUUCGACAAGAAAAUCAAGAAUUGUCUCAACAGUUGAGAACUGCUCAAGAAGAAUUGAUAAAUGCUGAUUUAAAAAUUGAAGAAAUUAACAAAAAAAUCAUUUUAUCCAACAAAGAGGCGUAUGGAAUUAUUUCAAGUGAAAAAAAGAAACGCGUUGAAGCUGAAGAAGAUGCCCGAGUACUCUUGGAAAAACUUCGAGUGCUCAAAGAAGAAUUGACUUUACAGAAUGAAAACUUUUCUGUUAAAUCACGAAAACAAGAAAAUGAAAUUUCGCGUUUAAAAUCACAAUUAUCAGCAAUAUCAACGCCAUCAAGUGCUGUUGAGUCACGAUUGUCAGCACUGACUCAAACAUUAGUUUCAAAACAGAAUGAACUUGAAGCUUUGACUUCAGAUAGAAAUGCAUUACGAUUGCAAUUAGAGAAACAUGAAUAUCGGAAGCUGGUCGGAACUACAAGAAAAUCUUACAAUGAUACUGACGACACAAAAUCUCAAGUUCCAUCAUUUUUAAUAGAAACACCAUUCGAUACUGGCGUCACCCGCAGAGUUAAAAGAGCUUAUUCUGCAUUAGAUACAAUAAGUAUCAGAAUUGGAGUUUUUUUGAGACGAUAUCCUUUGGCCCGAAUAUUUGUGAUUAUUUAUAUUACUUUUCUUCAAUUUUGGGUAUUGGUGGUGCUAUUCGUUCAAUCACAUUCAUUAAUAUAAAAAUGUACAAAAAUUUCUUGUAAAUAAAAAAAGACAUGUUUAAUUAGGUAA